UGUUUGUGUUAUCAGUAAAAAGUUAAAAGUGUAGUUUUUUUAAACGAAAUUUGGUGUGCUUUUAUUUGUCAAUCAACACUGGUGCCAAAACACUCUUGAACACUUUCCAAAGGUGCUGUUGUGAACCGAUAUAAUGUUGCGUUUUGCUAGAAAAUUGGCUUCGACCAGCAAAACUCCGUCCGUGCGCCGCUUGUCGCAACUGCCAAGAAUAAGCAACGCCUUGGUCGACGUGAAACCGGACGUCCGGGAUGCUCUCCAGGGGCAAAAGUCGGUCUCGCAACCGGUGGUGGCGCUCGAGUCCACCAUCAUUACCCACGGAAUGCCCUAUCCGCACAAUCUGGAAACGGCCCUGGAGGUGGAACGGAUUGUUCGGCAGGAGGGUGCAAUUCCGGCCACGAUUGCCAUAAUAGAUGGUCGUAUCAAGGUGGGUUUAAGUCCGGAUGAGUUAGCACGGCUGGCCAAGAUCGACUCCGGCAAGCAGACCAUCAAAACUUCUCGUCGCGAUAUGGCCUAUGUUUUGAGCCAAGGGCUGGACGGAGGAACUACGGUAGCUGGAACGCUGAUGGUGGCCGGAAUGGUUGGCAUUCGGGUAUUUGCUACUGGCGGAAUUGGUGGAGUCCAUCGAGGCGUUCAGGACACCAUGGAUGUUUCGGCCGAUCUAGUGGAACUCGGCCGAUCACCGGUGGCUGUCAUCUCAUCCGGGAUUAAAUCAAUUCUGGACAUUCCUAGAACGUUGGAGUAUUUGGAAACUCAAGGCGUUUGUGUCGCUUCUUACCAAUGUCCGACAUUGGACUUCCCAGCAUUUUACACUCGAUCAAGCGGUUGUAAGGCUGCUUACAAUCUAGCAAGCGCUAGGGAUGCCGCCCGGAUGAUCAGCGUUAGUCAAUCGUUGGGAUUGGGUUCUGGAUUUGUAAUUGGAGUUCCUAUUCCGGAACCGUUUGCCUUGGAUCGCAAAUUGAUGGAUGAUGUUAUUAGCCAAGCACUAGCCGAAGCUGACCGUCAGGGUGUUCGUGGGAAGGAAGUCACUCCGUUUAUCCUUUCGGCAGUUUCGCAACUUACUCGGGGGAAAAGUUUGGAAUCUAAUAUGGCUCUGAUCAAGAACAAUGCUCGGGUGGCAGCUGAAAUUGCCGUUGAAUUGUGCAGGGUUGAGGGUUCUAGUGUUAACAGUGAAAGUGUGAAUGAAGGACGAAGUGAAAGUGUGACAAACAGGACCAUUCAACGUGUUCCGGUCGUCAUCGGUGGUUCAGUCGUUGAUACGUGUAUCAUGGUCAAGGACGCUGAUCUAAAGGUAAGUAGUUGAAUGCAAAAAACUAGAUACACGAAAUAUUCUCAGAGCUCUCGGAAGUUGAAAAUCUUCGAUACCUCACUACGACACACAUUUUCGAAGUUCUUAGAAUUCAGAUAGAAACCUGCAUUGAAAAUUAAAAUCUUGAUGCGUUAUGAAAGCAUAUGUACGAUCCACUGUUGCGACAUUGGAAGAUUUAAAAAAACCUCCUGUUUAGUGUUGCCAUCGAGUUUGGCGUGAAAACGAGAGUGUUUGUCAUAUGAGUUGUUCCAGUUUGCUUGACCGAAAAUCUAAUCUGGGUACAAUUUCUUUAAAAAACUUUGAAAUCCUGUCAAAGAUGAAAAGCACCGUUAGAAAAGAGUUUUAACACGUUUUAACGAGGAAUGGAAAUCAAUUAUCACCUAGAGAGAUACGUCGCUACGAUUUUUGACAAAGUUGUUAAGCAGAAAUUUCAUUUCCCCUUAUA